CGUGCGUGUAAACGGCUGUGCUGUGGCUGCUCCACGCUACUUUUUAUUCCCAGGACGCAGAAUAGUAAUAAAUCCUCCUCUGCCUGGAAAGGCUGUGAUCAUAAUAAAGACGUCACCCUCCUGCUCGGGUUGGCUCAACCAAGCCAAGUGCGCAGCUAUUUGUAAGCUACAACAACAACAACCACCACCACCUCCACCACCACCAGCACCAUGCCCGUGGAUAACGUAGUGAUUUCUCUGAGAUCCCCCCGCCGACCGGAGACGAUAUCUGCGUCAGAUCCAUAGUAAAUAUACAGCCUUUAUUUGCUCCGGAUCUCUCCACUUAAAAAAAAAAAUACAGAGAGGGACUUGAUCGCCUUGCAGGCUCUUGUCGCAACAAAUAGGACGCAAGACGUGGAUUUGAAGGAUCUCUGUCAUGGAGGAAACAGCUGCUGCAGACCCAGCCCCUGGCACCAAUGCUGCCCCACCAACCCCAAGACCACAGCCGUCCUUCUUUGCCCCCUCCCGCAGCCUGCUGGAGUGGAGACGGAGGGUCAAGUCUGAAUAUAUGCGCCUUCGCCAAUUAAAACGCCUUAAAAAAGCAGAGGAGGUCAAGACCCUGUUCAUGUCCAACAGACAGAAGAUUGAGCAGCAGACAAAUCUUCUGAACACAGAGUGGUCCAAGCUCAGGAUUCAGUCCAUCCCUUUGUCAACUUUUAGUGGAGCUAUGGCCAGCAAGAAGAUGUGUACAGUGGAGUUUGGCUUCCCAGGGUUCAAAGCUCAAGCCAUCGCCAUGAGGCCACUGUCAACAGUGGCAGGAAUCCCCUUCAUGUACUCCUGGUCGCCUCUGCAGCACAACUUCAUGGUGGAGGAUGAGACUUUCCUUCACAACAUCCCCUACAUGGGCGACGAGGUGCUGGAGCAGGAUGAGGCCUUCCUGGAGGAACUCAUCGACAACUACGAUGGUGUUCAUGGUGACAGAGAGGGUGGUUUCAUCAGUGACGAGAUCUUUAAAGAGCUGGUGGAGGCCUUGAGCCAGUACUCUGACCACGAGGAGGAGGAAGAGGAGGAAGCAGUAGCGGUGGUGGAGGCGGCGGCGGUGGCGGCGGCGGCGGCAGCUGCGGCUGCAGCGGCGGCUGCAGCGGCGGCGGCAGCGGCGGCAACGGGGGAGAAGGAGGAGGAAAGAGUGAUGAUGAGGAGGAGCUCAGUGGAGGGUUCAGAAGAGACCAAAGCUGGGACUGUGGCGUUCAUCAGGAGGAAGAGGAGGAGCACAACCGAGGUGAGGGACCUGUGCAGCAGCACCAAGAAGAUCCCCAAUGAUAAGAUAUUUACAGCCAUCGCCUCUAUGUUCCCCUACAAGGGCACCACAGAGGAGCUGAAGGAAAAGUAUAAGGACCUCUUGGAGCCCCCCAACCCGGUGAAGCUGCCCCCACUUUGCACCCCUAACCUGGAUGGACCUUUUGCGAAGUCUGUGCAGCGAGAGCAGUCGUUACACUCCUUCCACACACUCUUCUGCAGACGUUGCUUCAAAUACGACUGUUUCCUCCACCCUUUUCAUGCUACGCCCAAUGUUUACAAGAGGAAGAGUAAGGAGAUCCGCAUGGAGACGGAACCGUGUGGUGUAGACUGCUUUCUGUUACAGAAGGGGGCUAGAGAGUUUGUGGAUCAGAACAUGUUACGGUCACAGAGGUCUCGGAGGCGACGGAGGCAGCAGCGUCCCACCAGCUCCGCCUGUCCUGGACCAUCUGGGUCUGCCGAGGAAGGAAAGGAGGGUGACAGUGACCACGAGACCACCUCCUCUUCAGAGGGGAAUUCACGGUGCCAGACCCCUACCAAGAUGCGUCCAGGGGAUGAUGACAGGGAGCAGCAGGCGUGCUGUGUGGUCCAGUGGAGCGGGGCCGAGGAGUCACUUUUCAGGGUGCUACACGGCACAUACUUUAACAACUUCUGCUCCAUCGCUCGCCUCAUCGGUACCAAGAACUGCAAGGAGGUUUAUGAGUUUGCAGUGAAGGAGGUCUUGAUCCAUCGUGUUCCUUUGGAGGACGGAGGCAUCUCGCCCCAAAAGAAGAAGAGGAAACACAGGUUAUGGGCAAAGAUUCAGCUGAAGAAAGAUAACACAUCCAAUCAGGUGUACAACUACCAACCAUGUGACCACCCUGACCAUCCAUGCGACAGCUCCUGCCCAUGUGUGAUGACCCAGAAUUUCUGUGAGAAGUUCUGUCAGUGCGAGCACGAGUGCCAGAACCGCUUCCCAGGCUGCAGGUGUAAGACUCAGUGUAACACCAAACAGUGUCCCUGCUACCUGGCCGUGAGGGAGUGUGACCCAGACCUGUGCAUGACCUGCGGUGCUGCGGACCACUGGGACAGCAAGGUGGUCUCCUGCAAAAACUGCAGCAUCCAGAGAGGCCUAAAAAAGCACUUGUUGUUGGCUCCAUCAGAUGUCGCCGGGUGGGGCACCUUCAUCAAAGAGCCUGUUCAGAAGAAUGAGUUCAUCUCAGAAUACUGUGGCGAGCUGAUCUCUCAGGAUGAGGCAGACCGACGCGGCAGGAUCUAUGACAAAUACAUGUCCAGCUUCCUUUUCAACUUGAACAAUGACUUUGUUGUGGAUGCCACACGAAAGGGGAACAAAAUCCGCUUUGCAAAUCAUUCAGUUAAUCCCAACUGCUACGCGAAAGUGGUAAUGGUGAACGGAGACCAUCGCAUUGGAAUCUUUGCCAAACGAGCUAUCCUGCAAGGAGAGGAGCUUUUCUUCGACUACAGAUACAGCCAAGCCGAUGCCCUAAAAUAUGUGGGGAUAGAGAGGGAGGUAGACAUGACUUAGCUGCACCUGCUGCCUACCUCCAUAACCUGCCCUUAACUCCUCAGCCACCCACUAAUGCUUCUGUCCCUCUCUGCAGCGUCACAUCUAGCUGACGAGUUUUCUAUGAACAGUCACUGUCUCUGCCCUCUCUGCUGCACUUCCAAAAAUAGAAAGUCCCUCCGUGCUGUUUGCAGGUGCUGCCGCUCUGCAGACUCACCGUACCACCUCCUUCAGUGACAGCCGUCAGCUCUCCCCCCUCCCUCAUCUGUCCGAACCCACCCACCUACCUGCAAGACUGUAUACGCCAAGCUUAUGAAACUAAACUAUUUAAAGUGGAAAUACUAUUAAUCCACAUUGCACAUUGUUUUUUUUGUUUUUUUUUGUUCCAUCUUGUCAAAGCAAAGAGGCUGCGAUGCAGUGUGUUACUCUCUCAGUAGUUUUGUUACCGUACUUAUAGACCGGCUUUUGUUUGAUCUCUCAAUACAUAAUGCAAGCUUCUCCAUCAUACCUAACGAUCAGUGAAAUGCAUGUGCUGUUGUCUCUUGGAUAAACAGACCAUUAAACAUGUUAGCCACAGCAUUAGCUUCAGUCAGAUGCUGCUUUGCUCUGAGCAGUCACUCAGUAUUGUAGUGUGAUGUUACCCUCUGGUUGUUUUUUGGAAGAACGUGACCAGGUGUGUUCCUCUGUGAACCAUCACCAUCACAUCUCUAUGGUAAAAAUAAGUUAUUGUGCAUUUAUAUCAUUGUUCUGCAAAUAAAAUUAAAAAAAAUAAAAAAAUAAAAAAUAGGCAACCAGACGAGGAACCGACUGACUGAAUGUAACCCGUAGAUAAUGGUGAAGAGAUCUCAUCCCUCCUUUGGUUUUUACUCAUCAACUCAUUCCGUUGGUACUCUGAGCAACGUACACGCACAUCACAACAUUUCUCAUCAUGUUUACAUGAUCUUUGAAGCCUUCACACUUUGUGAGGCAAGUAAUUCACAAAUGAGCGAGUCACAUAGUAAAUGUCUUCCUUGACGAAUUGUAUAAGUGCCAAAUGUUUCCACGCAGAAAAAGGCUGACACAGUGUGGAUGUGUUGCAUAUUGAACAGGUGUGUUAAAGGUAACUUAUAGCAAUGGGAAAAAAACAAAAUUAUCAGUGUAUGACCAAAUAUUAAAAGUCCCCCACAUGUGAAUGUAAAAUAUCAUUUAACAUCUUUUCUUUAUUUUUAUAUGUCCUGAUUUGUUACUCACUCUUUCAUUUAUAAAACAUUAAAGCCCACUUUGAAAUGAGAUCUUUCUCAAUAGAGAUGAACAAAAAUGGAGUUUACUGCUAUGUACAGUGUAUGCCUAUAAAAAUAAAACUUUAAC